CGCCUCCGGUUGGCAACAGUGCCCUACCAACAAACAGGCACUCCUCAAACAGUUAGUUUUAUGCUACAAGUUUUCGUGCUACAAAGAAACGUGAAAUGUGCGGUAACGUGAACGUCCAUUCAAACAAUUUCCCAUUAUUACACGUCGUUUAAUUAAUAUAAAAAUUUUCAAAUAACACCGAACAGGUAAAACAUCAGUGACAUCUACACGGCUAGUGACUAUUUACGACCGCAGUCUGUCGUGUAAGCCCGUUGGUGAAUGCUUUGUGCCUUGUAUUUAACAAAGUUGACUGAAAAGUGUUAGAAAGUGCCUUAAAAUCAGCAAAACAACAGCAAUAUUGUGCCUAAUAUGUGUUUACAUCGUUGAUAGCCGCAACAGACGCCUACAACGUACGGACUGGACUUGGGAACAAUUUAAAUAUGUAAACAUAGGUAAAAACCUAUUGUAAUGUUGCCGCAUACUUUCAGUGCCUUAAGAACGAUCGUUAUUAUUUGUGACUGUGAAGUGUUUUAGUUUUUGUUACGUCAAAAUGAAACUUUUUUGUUUAUCACUGGGUGCACUCUUACUGGCGUCCACAACUUUUUGUAUUGAAGAAACUAAUGACAAAAAUCAAAAACCAAGUUUUAAAAGUUGUUCUAUGUACAAGCCCGAAAUCGAAGAAGAGCAGCCACGUGGUGAAUUCGUUUUACAGGUGAAAGCAGAAGACGAUGAUCCUCCGGAAUCUGGCGGGACGAUAACGUACAAAAUAGUUCAGCGAGUGGGUGAACGAAAGUAUUUCGAAAUAAACAACAACACGGGUGAAAUCACGACCCUCAUCCAAUUCGACAGAGACGAACCCGCCAGACAGAAAGAGGUUUAUUUGACCGUACAGGCCACCGACAAUGGCAGGCCACCGUUGGCCGAUGUUUGCACAAUCAAAAUCAAAAUCCGCGACGUCAACGACAACGAUCCGAGUUUCGAUACGAGCGAGUACAGGACCAGUGUCGCCGAAGACACGAGAGAAAAUUCGAUAGUUGCCAACAUCUUCGCAUACGACAUAGAUGAUGGAGAAAACUCCAAACUGUCGUACAGCCUAGCAGAGGAAGCAAACACCGGAUUUAAAUUUAAAGACUAUUUUGCUAUUGAUUCUGAAGUAGGAGUUCUGAGGUUAAUCAAAUCAGUGCGCGGGAUGAAGGACAAGCAAAUGCAGGCGACUGUCUUCGUUCAGGAUAACGGAACGCCUCCAAGACAAUCACAAGCAUCAAUAGUCGUUAAAAUAGUGGGGUCAGAUAAACGGGCUCCGACUAUUAAAGCUUCCAACACUAGUCUUCAGCUGGAAGAAAACUUCAUUGAUUACUCAGCUCCGUUGUUUAAAAUAGAAGCUGAGCCAAACAUAGCUGAUUCUAAUGUCAUCUUCGAACUGGUGAAGGGCAAAACCGACAUAACAAACAAAGAUCAAACGUUUAUUUUGGACCCGAAAUCGGACAACACAGCCGAGAUCAAAUUGGCCCGACCAUUGGAUUACGAAAAAGUUACCGAGUACACCUUAACUGUACGUGUUAAAAACAAAAAUCAAAUGGAAACCACUGCAACUUACACCGUUAAAGUCCUGGAUGUUAACGAUGAAGUACCUACGUUCAUUGAUGUUAUUAAAGGCAGUGUGAUUGAAAAUGAAAAAGCAGGUCAACAAGUCAUGGUGGUGAAAGCCGUCGACCAAGAUGGAACCUCCGCCAACAACAUCGUCAAAUACAGCAUCGAUGGUGAUGGUGAAGACCUGUUUGAAAUCGAUCCUGAUUCAGGAACAAUAACGUCCAAGGAUACAUUCGAUAGAGAAGAAAAGGAUUUGUACCACAUCAAAGUUAAAGCUUACGACAAUUCGCCGAGUGCCUUAUUUAAAAACAACCUACCCAACAUCGCAUAUCAACAGUUUCAAAUCACCGUCGAAGAUAGAAACGACAACAAGCCCAUUUUCACCCAACCCACAUAUUUAUUCGAAAAAAUUUCAGAAAAAUCCGAUAAAGGUUCAGUCAUUGGUGAAGUUAAAGCCGAAGACAAGGAUACUGCCUCUUUGAUUAAAUAUAAAAUCGAGGACGGAGACCCAAGCGGAACAUUCGCCAUUGAAGAAUUAACCGGACGUAUCAAACUUGCUGGAAAGUUAGAUUUUGAAACGACCGAAGAAUACAAAUUGACCAUAAUAGCUGACGAUGGAUUUUUCAACGACACAGCCAUCGUUAUCAUCAAAAUUUUGGAUGAAAAUGAUGAGUUGCCUCAGUUUGAAGAAUAUAAUAAGACUAUACAGCUUGAAGAAGAAAAAGAAUAUUAUGAUUGCAUACUAAUACUGAAGGCAUUUGAUCCUGAUAUUAAAGACAGAAAUGCUGAUCAGAAAAUCAUAUUUAAAGUCGACGAAAAUAAUCAGGAUUAUAUCCAAAUUGAUAAUUCUGGUUGUGUGAGGAUAACUAAGACUCUGGACAGAGAUCCUCCAGAUGGUGCCUCAACUAGACAAGUAAUCAUUCACGCUUACGACAACAAUGGUGUGGAUCCCACUCUGUCAUCUUCCACAGACUUCAACAUCGAACUUAAAGACAUCAACGACAACGCUCCUUAUCUCAGUAUUGUGGAGGUCGUAUGGAACGAAAAUCACCCACCAGGGAAAAUAACUACUUUGACUGCGAACGACAACGACAGCAUAGAAAAUGGGCCCCCGUUUAAAUUCAGUCUUGGCUCAAUAUCGGCCGAUCUUCAGGGUAAAUUCGAAAUUAGGAACGAUGAUGAAUUGUACGCUCUGGUUGAGUUUGACCGAGAAGAAAGGAAAUAUUACGACAUACCGAUAACUAUUGAGGAUUCUGGCAAACCCGAGACACAGAUCAGCUACAAUAACAACCUUAGAGUCAUAAUCGGUGACAUGAAUGACAAUCCUGCUGAAGAUGGAGAAAGCGAAAUAUUCGUAUACAAAUAUGAAGGUCUGCAGGAAGAUAUAGAUAUUGGACGUGUAUACGUAACUGACCCAGAUGAUUGGGAUCUUAAUGACAAAACUUUUGUUCAGACUGACCUCUCUGAGUAUUUCUUCUUAAGUAAAAACGACAACGGUAUGAUAAAAAUGAGGUAUACUACUCCAGAAGGUACAUACACUCUUAAUUACAAAGUAACUGAGACCAGAGAACCCGUAAUUCCAACUCAUACAGUAAAUGCUAAGGUUACUAUUCAAAUCAAGUUAUUGCCGGAAGAAGCCGUACGGAAAUCUGGCUCAAUAAGGCUAAAAGAUACUACAGCAGAAGAAUUAAUUGAAAAGAACCAGGGUGGUAUCAGCAAAAAAGACGCGUUCCAAUUCGAAAUAGCGAAAAUAUUGAACACAUCAAAGGAGAAUGUGGACGUGUUCACAAUUUUACCCACACCAAAUCACAAAGACAUGGUUGACAUUCGUUUCUCCGCUCACGGCUCCCCAUACUACUAUCCAGAGAAGUUGAACAACCUCGCCGUCAGUCAUCAGGCAAAGCUGGAAAACGAUUUGGACGCCACGUUCUAUAUGAUCAGCAUAAACGAGUGCGUCGAUCCUAAUCAAUGUCCUAACGAGGAUUGCUCAAACGAUUUGAUCAUACAUGAAAAGCCGGCUUUCGUUUUCACAAACAAAACAUCUUUUGUUGGUGUAAAAGCGGUGACUAUUGCGACGUGCAAUAAAUGUCAGAAUCCUAAGCCCGUUAAGGAGUGCUAUAAUGGUGGGACUUUGCUGGAAGAGACGACGUGCCAGUGCCAAGCUGGUUACGAGGGUCCCAACUGCGAAAUACUGGGAAUUGGAUUCUCAGGUGGCGGAACUGCAGUUUACAAGCCCUUCAAUGCUUGUAAUAAUACGGACAUUUCGUUUUUGAUAUCACCUGACACCAAAGAUGGUCUGGUCUUUUACUUGGGUCCUUUGGUUGCCAAACAAGCCGAGUUAUCUAAAGAUUUCAUAUCUUUGGAAUUGCAGAACGGUUACCCAAUAGUUAAGGUGAAUUUGGGUAACGAUUUGAUCAAGGUGAAGUCAAACAAGUCUUUGAGCGACGGCAGCCAACACAAAAUCAACAUCCAUUACACCACUAACGACGUACAACUCGAAGUUGACGACUGCAAAAGCAACUGUAUGGGAUGGAAGUCAUUCGAAAAGGAGAAACGACUCAUCCGAACGAACGGCCCUCUUCAGUUGGGAGGCAUGAAAUUCCCGUUCCAAGAGGAAGCUAAAAGCCUAUGGUCGGAUCCGCCAUUGAUGGACAAUAAGUUCGCGGGUUGCAUCAAGAACUUUACGCACAACGGCCAACUUUACAAUCUUGGUCAACCUUCCGAUUCCGUCAAUGCCAUGUCGGAUUGCCAAUUUUCACUUAAACAGGCUGUCACCCUAGGAAGGGAUUCUCUGGUUGCCAUCCUUGUUUGUAUUGCUGUUAUGAUAGUUCUGAUGCUAGUAUUGGUGGUGUACCGUAGAAAACACGACAGCAUAGAAAAAGAAAUAGACGACACACGCGAGAACAUAAUCAAUUACGAAGACGAAGGUGGCGGCGAAAGUGACACCAACUACGAUUUGAGCGUCUUCGCCCGUAACAACGAAAACCUGUUGCAAGCACCGAACGACGUCGGCACGGCGGACAUCGGUAAUUUCUUGGACAACAAGAAAGGCAAUUGCGACAAGGAUCCGGACAACUUACCAUAUGAUGACGUGCGUCAUUACGCCUACCAAGGCGACGGCAACAGUACAGGUUCCCUGUCCUCUCUGGCCUCCUGUACGGAUGAUGGCGAUUUGAACUUCAGCCACAUCUCGAGCUUCGGACCGCGGUUCAGGAAGUUGGCUAACAUUUACGGUGAAGACGAGGACGAUGAGGAAUCGGAGAACGGUCAUGAGGAAGCAUGGUGCUAAUGAUAAUCAAAAUAUAAUUAUUUGUACUUAAACUGUGUUUUACCAAAGAUAACUCAUAUUUUUGGCCUGUAAAUAAUUUUCUCCGACUGAAGUAUUAAGCGCAUCAUUUAUGUAUUUCUAUGCAAUCCUAACGAUUUAAAACGAACCCAACUUCAAAAAAAAAAACCCAGUUAUGAUUGUAUUUAUUUUUUUUUAAAUUGCCGUAUUUAUUUUUGUUGUUGAUUAUGUUCUAUUUGUACGAACAAUUACCUGGUUUAAACGUUCCUAUUUAUAAAAUCAGGCGGAACAAAAAUUGUUAAUUUGACAUGAAAUCAAAAAAUAUAACGGAACUGUGUUAACGACAAAUGUGGUGCCUUUGAAUCAUUUAUAUUAUUUACAGUUAUGUUAGAAAUUAAGGUUGUUUAAACCUAACGAGUGUCCUCGUUGUUUUUGUGAUUCAUAGGUUUGCGCAAACAAAUAUCUCUACGUGUGAUCAAAGAUUUUGAUAAUGCAGCUAAAUUGCUCAGUAAUUGCUAUUGUAAAUUUUAAGAAUGACUAUAAACAAUUGUAAAACACUUACUCCGUUUAUCAGCUAAUAAUUAAUUUCAUUUAUUGUGAUUUUAGUUAAUAGAACAUGAACGGUCCAAUUGUUUUGAAUGUGUAAUAUAGAGAAAUGCGAAUGAUUUUUAUUAAAAUCCCAUGUUUGAAUGCUUUUAUAGUAGUGUGCCUGUUUUUAUAUUGACUACAUCGAACGUUGAAAUCAUUUUUAUGUAUUAUAAAAGCAUUCACAAUAGGGAUUUGAAAUAUAUAAUGUGAUAUACAGCAGGUCGUGAGUGUAAGAACAAUAUUUUUAAUUUAAGACUGCUGCAAAUAUUUAAGCUUACGAUCUGUUCGCAUUUGUUUUUGGGUUCUUUAGGUAGAUAAACUAUAUAAGGAGAAGAGUUUUGUAUUAAAUACGUCAACGUAAUGUUUGUACGUUUUGCUCUACUUUUGUAAUGAUUAGUAAUAUACAAACAUAAUUAAGGACAUAAAUUCGUUAUUUCUUUUAUAUAAUAAUGCACAUUGUUAUAUAAAUCUAUAUAUUUAAAAGCAAGGUGUAUUUUUAUAAAAUGUCAUAUACACAUAUAUUUUAAUAAGAAAUAAUUUACGGAAAAUAUGCUUUUUAUAAACUUAAACAUUCCUUAUAUGUUACACGUGAUGAAGUGGCAGCCAUAGGUAAAGUAUUUUUUGUACUUUAGCUAAUAAAGAAAAUGGUUAAAUUUUUAAAUAUUGUUUAUAUAAUUAAGCAUUAAUUUUUGUGAUUAAAUACAAUUUGUACUUUAUGGUUAAUCAUAUAUUUUAAAUUAUAGUAUUAUUUAAUUGACAUGAACAACAUUUAUUAUAAGUAUAUUUGCAUAAUUUUGUACAUUCACUGCCAUCUUAUAUUUAAAUAAAUUAGUUAAAAAGAAAUAA